GCCCGAGGCCGGGCCUCCCUGACCCGCUGUCUUCCUUCCUGCUCCGCCUCUGGGCUGCAGGGUUGGACUGGCCCCGAGCUCUAGCUCUGCCCCCUCCCGUGUGCCUUGGGCGAGUCCCUUCUGUCCCCGUGGCCAAGAGGCUGCCCUCGGGCCCCCCCUGCCGGGCUGCCCGCCGCUCUCCCCGUGCCUGCGGACGCUGCUCCCUGCCAGCGCCCCCGGCCGCGCCGGAGCCUUACAGAGCCGGGGGUGCUCGAGGUGUCCGCGGGGCUCUUAGGGCGCUCCCUCUCUGGUCCGAGGCCCCAGGAUGUCGCUGGCGGACGAGCUCCUGGCCGACCUGGAGGAGGCGGCCGAGGAGGAAGAGGGCGGGAGCUUUGGGGAGGAGGAGGAGGAGCCGCCCAUCGAGGAUGUGCAGGAGGAGAUGCAGCUGGACCUGUCGGGGGACUCGGUGAAGAGCAUCGCCAAGCUGUGGGACAGCAAGAUGUUUGCCGAGAUCAUGGUGAAGAUCGAAGAGUACGUCAGCAAGCAGGCCAAGGCCCGGACAGUGACCGGGCCGGUGGAGGCCGCCCCCGAGUACCGGGUGAUCGUGGACGCCAACAACCUGACGGUGGAGAUUGAGAAUGAGCUGAAUAUCAUCCACAAAUUUAUCCGGGACAAAUACUCAAAGCGCUUCCCAGAACUUGAGUCCCUCGUUCCAAAUGCCUUGGAUUAUAUCCGAACUGUCAAGGAACUUGGAAACAGCCUGGACAAGUGUAAGAACAAUGAGACCUUGCAGCAGAUCCUGACCAACGCCACCAUCAUGGUGGUCAGCGUGACGGCCUCGACUACGCAGGGGCAGCAGCUGUCGGAGGAGGAGCUGGAGCGCCUGGAGGAGGCCUGUGACAUGGCCCUGGAGUUGAACGCCAAGACCCAAUUCAGAGUCUGGAGCCGGAUGUCUUCAUCGGCCCAACCCCCCCCAUCGGGCCCGGCCGCCAAGAUCAUGGGCGUGGCCGGCGGCCUGACCAACCUCUCCAAGAUGCCGGCCUGCAACAUCAUGCUGCUGGGGGCCCAGCGCAAGACCCCUCCGGGCUUUCCCCCCACCCGUGCCCCGCACGGGUACAUCUACCACAGCGACAUCGUGCAGUCGCUACCCCCGGUGAGAACCCCUGCUGCGGCCCCAGUGCCUUGCGCGGAGGGGGCGGUGUCUACACGGGAUGGGAUAGCGCCGUCCAGCCCCGAGGGGAAGGUGGGCUAUGACCUCAAGGAUGAGAUUGAGCGAAAAUUUGACAAGUGGCAGGAGCCGCCCCCUGUGAAGCAGGUGAAGCCGCUGCCCGCUCCACUGGACGGACAGAGGAAGAAGCGUGGUGGCCGCAGGUACCGGAAGAUGAAGGAGCGUCUGGGGCUCACAGAGAUCCGCAAACAGGCCAACCGCAUGAGCUUUGGGGAGAUUGAGGAGGACGCUUACCAGGAGGACUUGGGCUUCAGCCUGGGACACUUGGGCAAGUCGGGCAGCGGCCGCGUGCGCCAGACCCAAGUCAACGAAGCCACCAAGGCCCGGAUCUCCAAGACCCUCCAGCGGACCUUGCAGAAGCAAAGUGUGGUCUACGGGGGCAAGUCCACCAUUCGCGACCGGUCCUCGGGGACUGCGUCCAGCGUGGCCUUCACGCCCUUGCAGGGUCUGGAGAUCGUGAACCCGCAAGCCGCCGAGAAGAAGGUGGCUGAGGCCAACCAGAAGUACUUUUCCAGCAUGGCCGAGUUCCUCAAGGUCAAGGGGGAGAAGAGUGGGGUGCUGUCCACGUGAUGGAGCCUCCCCAAGGCCCACUACCCUCCCCCCUUUUAGUUUUCUUUUGCAGUUUUUAAAGAAAAAGUGGAAAACCAAAUAAAAA